GACAGCUAGGUAUGAUUGUUGUGGAUGUCGGCUUAGCUCACAUUAAGAUAAGCACUUCUGAUAACAGGCGGGUUACUCUUUGCCCCGUGGUUUUCGCCAGUUUCUUUUAAAUCGAACUUGAGUGUGUGAAGUGGCUGGUUGUGUGUUAACUCAGAGGCCACUGACCCACCAUGUGUCCGAUAUGGCCAAUGCACCUCGUGGUGCUGUACCUGCUGGCGCUGUGCCCGCUGUGGGUCCUGUGCCAGGCGCUGCCAACGCUCUCCGCCGGCUUCCAGCCCGCCGACCUCACCGUCAACAUGAAUGAGUACUCGGACGUCAAUGUUACACUCACUGGUCUGACCCCCGAGUUCAUCGUGGGCGACGGCAUCGCGCUGCGCACGGCCGACCCCCACGUGGCCUUUAUAGAGGAGCAUACGUACCAGUUGACAGAGAGCGAUAUCAGCGAGGGGAAGUGGAGCGGCAGCUUCAAGGUUCUGGGGAACUUUCUUGGUCGCACAGAGGUGCUAGUGGCGGCGGUGCGCGGGGGGUCGGAGCGGCUAGCUAAUGGCACCCUCCCCGUCACCAUAGUGAGGCCGCAGCGAGUCAUAGACACUGUGUUUACCUCCAGUGUCGCUACCUUUGUGUCGCUGAUCUUCAUAAACUUCGGGUGCGCGAUGCACUGGCCCACGGUGAAGGAGGUGAUCAAGCGGCCGGUCGGGCCCGCCAUCGGCAUGUUGGGGCAGUUCCUGUUUAUGCCACUCAUGUCGUUCGGCCUCGGCUUCCUGAUCUUCCCCAACAACCCGGCCAUGCGUCUCGGCAUGUUCUUCACGGGGGUGUCUCCCGGUGGAGGAGCCUCCAAUAUUUGGACGUUCAUACUGGGAGGGAACUUGAAUUUGUCGCUGGCCAUGACUUCGAUAUCUACGCUGGCUUCUUUUGGUUUCAUGCCAGCGUGGCUAUUCUCGCUCGGCCAAGUGGUGUUCCGUAACGCGAACAUCGUGGUCCCCUACACUCGCAUCGCAACCUUCGUAAUAGGUCUCAUAGUGCCGCUAUCCAUAGGCCUGGCCAUGCAGAAAUACACGCCAAGAUUGGCCGCUUUUAUGGUCCGGAUUCUGAAGGGAUUUUCGACGACUUUGCUGUUGUUUAUAAUCGUGUUUGCGAUUGUUACCAAUUUGUACAUUUUUGAGCUGUUUACUUGGGAGAUCAUAGUAGCGGGCAUGGGCCUGCCCUGGCUGGGCUACGGCGCUGGCUACCUGCUGGCCCGCAUGUUCAGACAGUCGCACCCGGACUCGCUGGCCAUCUCCAUAGAGACGGGCAUCCAGAACACCGGCAUCUCCAUCUUCCUGCUGCGGUACGCACUGCCGCAGCCCGAGGCCGAUCUCACUACAGUGGUGCCGGUGUGUGUCGCCAUCAUGACACCAGUUCCCAUGACGUGCAUCUACGUCUAUCAGAAGAUCAAGGCCUGCAUCGAGAGUCGCAGACAGCACACAAAGAUCAUCGAUGAAGACCUACAGAUACCAGACUCUCCCAAACUACGCGUCUCCGUCAUCGACAAGUAAAACUGUGUGAGCGGGAAAAAAGAUUCACCAUCUCUUUCUAACUAAUGAGUGAUGAAUCUAAAAUUUCGCUUAGAAGAACAAAACGCAUAUCAAAAUCAUCAAUUUGAGUUUUUUCCGAGCUGAUCCAAUAAUUUGCACAGUAUAACCGGUAACUGCCACUAUACAUUUAUCGUUUAUACAGGGUUUGCUUUUGCAACACCCUGUAGAGUAUUUACUUACUUAUUUUAUUAUAAAACUGUCGAUGUUUUGAUAUGUGGAACAACUUUUUGAUAUUUUUUACAGUCUUUGUAUUCGUGUAGAAAAAUGUGUACGUGAAGAAUAAAAUAAUAUAUGUUUUAGAUGAAUGUCUUGUCUACUUAAAUAUACAACUCGAGUAUUCAGUAAUACAGGGUGAAGUUUUUACGUUUUUAAGCAAUAAAGCUUGAUAUUAAAAUGUUUGGAACAGUAAUAAAAAUGAAAUUAUAUAAGUAGGUUAGAUUUUUCUCGUGGCAAGCCUUCAUAUGUUUUGGUCUUGCUGCUCUAUUUAUUGAAACGAUUGAAAGAUAUUAUGACAUUCCUUUGUCAAACUAAAGAAUGUAUAUUUUCACCUAUAAAAGAGCUCACUACACCUGUUAUUUUUACCUGUUUUGUAUUUGUUAGAUUUUAGUUGCUUUUUUUAUUCAUUAGCACUAUUCAAGGUGUUUGGUUGCAUGUAGAUCUAUUAAUAGAAAACAUUGUGAUUCACAUUGUUGGCCAAAUGUUACGUUUUGACUAUGAAAUUGUUUUGUAGUCAGUAAAGUUUAGGCCAAUAUGUGUUAGUCGACCCUAUUGGUGUAAUAGCCUUGGGUUUCGAUUCAAAAUUCCGUUUUAUUUCCAUUAGCAUUUAGAAGUUAUUAGCAAUCAUAUUAGCUUUUUAGUAUGUCCGGAAUCGUGCUUAUAAAGGGUUAAAAUCUGCUUGCGAUGCAAAAAGGGUAUACUAAGCCGAAACCAGCAUGUGAAAUUCUGAUUUCAGAUUCGGGCUUAGAUGCAACAUGCUUUAUGUUGGUUUCGGCUUAGUAUACCCUUUUUGCAACACCCUGUAUAUUCUAAAAUUGUUCCCAUUUGGGAUUACAAAGUUGUGGCUAAAAAGAUUUUGACCCUCUAUUGCAGUGAUCUCUAGCUGUUUGAGCAAUGUUCUCAUACCUCGUUUUAUAGGUGAAACAGAUAUGGAAUUUGUUAUGUAAAGUGACUGAGAUCAGUAUUGUGUUGAGUUGUGAUUGAAGAUCAAUUAUUAUUACGUUGAUAUUAUUAAAUAAGAAUCUAAAUACACGUUUAUUGUGAAAA